UGGAGCACACUCCAGCGUCGCGGCCCUAUUGGAUUACCGUCUCUGGUGACAGGAGGGUUGAAGAUGCUUAACGCCUUGUCACGUCCUCGUGCACACGUCAUUCCACUUCGGACCAGCUUCGGACAUAAAAAGUUUUAAUAACUGAAGAAAAUACUCAACCAACUGGAUAACCAUGAGUGAUUCGGCAGGAUUCAACAUUGAUGACGUGAUGUAUACCACAGCAGUGCAAGAAGGUGGAGAAACAGUGGAGACCAUACUUGGCAAAAUAAAGAAGCUCGAACAAGGUAACCAAAGGUUUCUAGAAGGAGAAAUGGAGGAAAUGUCGUCAUGCCAUGACACUCUGCAGAUAGAGCUGGAUACAUUAAGAAUUGAAGCUAUUAAGCUGGAAGGAAUCAAGGAAGAAAAAGAAGAGUGCUACAGGAAGCUGAAGUUCCAAGAUGACGAGUCUGAGCAGGAGUAUGUCAGGCUGUUAGAGCAGAACAAGAAAAGUAUGGAAGAGUUGGAAGAGUACAGAAGUGAUAUCCAACUGCUUAAGCUCACUCAACGGAAGCAGCGCAUGAAGUUUGAAAAACAACUUUGUGAACUAAUGGAGAUGCACAAGAGUCUGGAGGCUGUCUUUUUGCCAAAAAGUCUCCCAGAUGAAAUCGGAAGGGCUGAGGAUACAAGACGUCAACUACUGUCGACACUUCAAAUGAAGUUGGAUCAGCUGAACACCCUUGAUGAGGAGCUACCGGAAAAAAAAGAAGCCGCAAGGGGCUACACCUGUAGAGACUGAGUGGGAGUAAAAUGCAUGUGUGUUCGUGCAGAUAUUUGAAGGAAAAGGCCAGUAGAUCCAAAUCUUAAAGUUAAUCCGUCAGAUAUCAGCCAAUGUUUUUUGUGCCCACUUGUUCAAAAGUAUUAACAGUGAUAAAUUAAAUUUUGGAGUUUGUUAGGCUAGUGAUUACAACGUAAAUGAGAAGUAAAAUGUUUUGUGACUGUUGAGUGGUGUUUUUUUAGGCUAGUACUUUCCAGUGUUGUACUGUGUUGUUUUAUAACCUUGUUUGUUUUUUAAAUAAAGUUCUAUAAAUGUUGUAA